CCUACAGAGUAUCUACAGUACUCACCUGCAUAAUACAGAACGGAAUACGAUGAAGUCAGAUUCAGUAACAAGCUUUCGCAGUGCAUCACGAGCACGAGAAAUCGCCCCCUUAAUUACUGAGUAGCUUGAAUCAAGGUAGAGUUAAGAGAUGCAAUACAUUUGAUAAAAGUCAACCCAUCGUUGUCGCCCCGUACACAAUAACUCCAUACCUUCAUGGCGCUGCACUUGACUAGCUCAAAACGGGAACCGUCUGGAUAUAGCUUCGAUCUUGAGGAUAGAUUUUACAUCGCACUAUCCGUACGCAUUUCAGUAGCCGUACCUAAACCCAGCGUCGCGUAAUAUAUUGAGAUCAUUCAUCUUGCUUGCCGUGUAUGUGACCUCAUAGCCAACAGUCAGAACAGCAGGAGUACGUCACGAAGAUGUCUAGCGUAAACUCUCUUAUGAACAGCAGUACGACAAUUUAAGAGAGCAAGACUAAGCCAGGAAAUGCCUUUCGACUUCAAAAAAAUCGCAAUUGAAUACUUGCCCUCCAAAAUUCCCAGCCAAAAUCAUUCGCGUUUCAAACACAUCAUAACUCGAGGAACAAUCAAAUAAUCAAAAGAUUCUAAUUCAUCCACACCAUGACCGAAAACAGCGGAAAGCAGACCAAAGAGCAAGGCGGCGGCAGCGGCCUCAUCGGCAGCGUCGUCAGCGGCGUCGACAGCAUCCUGACGGGCGGCGACAAGGCCAAGGGCCAGGGCGGGCUCGUCGGCGGCCUCAACAGCGCCAUCGGCAAGACGACCGAGGGCGCCGGGAACGCCCUGAACCAGACCACCGAGGGGCUCGGGAACACCGCCGGGUCGGCGACGGAGGGCGUCGGGAGCGUGGGAAAGGACGUCACGGGCACGUUGGAUAAUACUGUUAAGGGGGUUGCUGGGUCGGGGCAGGAGCAGCAGCAGCGGAAGUGAGGGAAGGGGCUAUUGCUGUGGUCGGAAUGAAUAACGGGCUGGAACAAAUAAUGGCACGGCGAUGAAUUCGGCGUGCAGGCUUUUUUCUACGGGGGCUAUGAUAAGGAGGCUGGUUUACUAAGGU